UCUGACUUUAUACACUAGCAAAACUCUUUGAAUUAAAGAUGGUGUAUAAUUUGGUUGUGGAUGGUUCUGAGGCUACCGUGACUCUUUCUGGAGAUAGAAUAACGUUUAAAUCAAGUGGCAUAACAGACCUCAGUUACCAGUUAGAUGAUGUCAUAGGAUGUGAUGAGGUACUGAUUGGGUGGUUUUACAAGACAGAAGUAACGCAAGUGUGGCUUAUCGAACAUGCUCCUUCAAACUUGCUGCUAAAAAAGUGCAAAAUUAUUUCUGGAGACCAAAGAAAACAAUUUCAACACGAUCUGACAGAAAAAAUAACAUGCAGUACAAAACGUCCCAAAAGAGUAUUGGUGAUGAUUAACCCUAAAGGUGGAAAUGGUACAGCAAAGAAGGACUUCAUGGAUAUCGUACAGCCGGUUUUGAGACUCUCGGGAAUAUCUAUGGAUAUAAUUUUUACUGAGCGGCCUGGACAUAUGACGGAUGUUGCAAAAACCUAUGAUUUUUGUAAUACUGAUGGAAUAGUUCUACUUGGAGGAGAUGGGUCGUAUCAUGAAGUGGUCAACGUGUUGAUGAGAAGGAGACAAGAGGAACAAGGCUUGGACGUCAACGAUCAAAAUGCAGCGUUGUCCCCUUUGAACAUUCCCAUAGCCAUGAUACCAACAGGUACUGCUUGUGGGGUGACAGAAUGUAACACUGGAACCACUGAUGUCCUUACGGCUGUUCUUCACGUUAUCAAAGGUAGGACAGUUUCCUCUCACCUGCUAGCACUCUACAGUAAUAACAAACUCCUAGGAUUCGGCGGGACAGACUGUGGUUAUGGAGUCUUGACAGAUCUCUUGUACUACUCCGACAGAAAGUUCCGCUGGCUUGGGCGAUCCCGAUACUUCUUUGUUCCAAUAUGGAUGUUUUUAUUCAAAUCUCAGACGAAUCGAAAGUUUGAAGCCAGUGUCACCUAUUACACAUCAGUCAAUGAGCGAAAAAACAGUAACAACGGUGGGCGGGAGGUCUUUGUUGGAGACAAGAGACUAUCAGGAUAUAGUUCUUAUACCUCUGAUACAGUGACCUUCAAUCGCACACUUUGGAACAUAAUGACCGUAAAUGGUAACUUCAUCUCUGGUAAUCAAGUCGUGUUCGAUGUUCCCAGAGCAUUUGUACCCAAACCCACCACGUGCUCUUCCUUUCUAUUUUAUGGCGAUCCUUCUGCUGGGGUCAUGAACAAAUUCUUCAAACAUAUUGGUGACAGAACUCCUAUGGAAUUUUCAGACAAGGAGUUGGAGGUUGUGAAUGCCCGAGGGUUCACGGUGGAACUAAGGGACAGUCUGGAUAGCAAGGACCCGGAAAUGGCGACGUUAAAGCGACUUAUACAUCUAGACGGGGAGAUAUAUCAACUUGAAUCCCCUUCAUUCCAGUUGUGGUACAAAUUGGACGUUGUACAGAUCUUUUCGAGUUAUCUGUAGAAUAAUCAUCUUUGGGAAGAUUUUAUACUUGCACGACAGACACUCGAAAAAGUUAAUGCAACAAUAAAAGCAUGAUUUGUAAUAUGCAUCCUAAGCUUAGAACUGCAUGUUUGCAAAUAUGAUUUAGGUAGGACCUAUUUUCAAAAGAUGGGUGAUCAAUCAUUUC